GAAGUGUAUCGGUAUUUUCAAACCUCUAAUAUUCGAAACAUUUCCCCCUUUUUGGAAAUGACCUACCGCAGUCACAUUGUGGGACCGUCGCGAGCCUUCGAUCAUAUCUACGAUCCACUAUUCGUUGCCUCCGAUCGGAAGGAUGUCUGCCGAGCAAAUAAGGCCGCCCUGUGUCGUUCGGCUCCGAUUGGGAUUUUCCCGGUGUAUCAAACCAUGUUCAGUGAACUGCCCCGGAUGACCCGCAAUCAUUACGUAAUGCAUCGGAAUCCGUUGCCUUAUUAUCCGGAGGUACAGGUGAACACCGAAGUGAAGGGGUCUUUCAUUCCGGAUGUUUCGAGAAUUCUCGGGGCAGAGAGGUCCAAGUUCUUCUGCCAUCCAACUGCGGGAGAAACGGGUACGGUGCUGAAGCUAAGCGAAAGCAUGGAAGAGUUCUGCCAUUGUGAUCAGUCGUUCGAGCCCCGAGUCAAGGAUGCCUCUUCGCAGACCAUGUAUCGAGAAUCGUCCGCUCAAACGCAGCCCUGGAUGCCUACCGCUGUUCUGAAGGACUCGGACUUGGGAACUGCGGAGAUUGUCUACGUGGCGGAAAUGCUGCAGCAUACACGAUAUCCGGGGAUCAAUGAGGUGGAGAUCAUUGAGCGGGCCAGGAAGAAGCGAAAUUGGGAGUAUUCGAUGGGCAGCUGCGAUUCGGCCGAUGAAUGGGCUCAGCAGAAACUGGUUUUGCAGAUAUUCGAGUGGGAGGAGUGGGUGGCCAGAGAGCGGCAGAUUGAUCGCUAUCAAAUGCUGAGACUGCAGCUGGUCGCAAAGAUCAUGAACAAACGAGAGAGGGAUACGAAGCUAGCUACCGAAAGCAAGAUGGAGAACACCAAAAAUAGAAUCAAUGAGCAGCGGAACAAAGCUAUGGAAAAGCUGAAGAUUAAUUACGAGCGGAACAUGCGUAAACUGGAGAAGAAACGCAACGAUGCGAAGGCAAAUAAGUUCCGCUCGUCGCACGUAUUGAAGAAGGAGGACAAUACAGUGACGACAGUGCAAAAGAAGGGAGUCUGCAAGAAGUCCUACAACUAUGAUCCUAAUUUGAUAGAAGUCGGAUUGACCAAAUUGGAAAAGAAAAUUACCAUUACCCACAAGUUGAAGGACGUUAACAAUCAGCGUCCUGAGCUGUGGAAGCCCAAGGAAGUAUGUCGCGAAUUUCAGAAAGGUUUCUGGUCUGAUCAUUUUCUACGGAAGCUUUAUGAUUCUCUGAAGCAUUUCCGUCACAAGAAAGAAACCAAACCGGAAGUGCCACAGUGUCUGAUUGUGGUGUCGUCUCCCACCGAGAGCCUGAUUGAAUCACCUCCUCGAGUCAGUGAAGAGCGCGAGGACGACAUUCUCUACCAGCAAGCUAUCCUGUUGCAGAAAUUGAUCAAAGGACGGGCCACCCAAGAGAUGAUCCAUAAGGAUUACGCAGCUGAUCGUGAUCUCGUGGAGGAUCUCAUUGCCACGCACCGCCUACAGGUAGUGGAAGAGUUCUUCCCCAUUGAUCCGAUCAAAACGGGAAGCGUUCGAGAGAAGUACUUGCACAUUCUUCGCAACGAACAGCUGUUGGACGAAUUCGUUGAGAACUGCACCCAUGCUCAGAUGACCUCAUUAAUGACCACUCUCGAGCGGGAACUCUCCCGCCUUCAAAACGAACGAAACACCCAUGCAUUCUACCUACUAACCGAACAGGAACGUUACUUCCGUGAAGCACGGGAAACUCGCCACAUCUCGGAGAUGAAAUACCAAGACAACGAAGAACUCUCGAUCUACCUGGAGAACGCUCUCUUGGAGAAGGUUGAAGGAGACAAUUUGAACGACACGCGUGGUAAAAUCCAGGAACUGGUGAAGAAAUUUGACACCGAAGCUGAUAAACGCAUCAGCUCCGUCGAAGAUCCGUCGCAAAAUCAAGGAACUAUCGCAUCCUGUCUGAUGGACGAGCUCCUAAUGCCCGAGAUCUACCGUCGAGUUGCUCGGGAAAACAUAAAGAUGAAGCAGAAACCACUUCUCGCGGAAGCACACGAUGCCAUCUUCCAAAAGGUCGAACUCAAACCGUUGGAUUCGGUUCCGGAGGACGUGAUGGAAUCGUUGAGGAAAGAAACGGCCGGAGAUCAGCUGGAAGAUGGUCAUGCGCCUGAAGAGCAGGCACCGGAUCUGGAAACGAGAAGCGAGGGACAAAUAAUUAUCGGCGAGAUUUUGAGCAAUAUGAUAGACAGUGCCAUGUCGGAAAAUGAAGUGGAAGACAUACCGGAAGACGAUGGAACCAACUUUUUCGGUUUGGAUUUGGCAGAGGGCGAAGAGGGAGAGGGUGAAGAGGAGGCGGAGAAAAUGACAAGCAAACUGAUUGAUGAUAUCAUUACGCAAGUUUGCGGGGUACCAGAAGAAUGAACAUUUGGAGCAGUAGUAGU